AUGAUGAGAAGAAUGGAGGAAUUGCCAGGGGCGUUAGGAACCAGUUCCAGUUUUGCUCUUCGAUUGGGCCAAACCGUUUUUUCCUCUGCUUCCCUUUUCUACAUGUGUUUGGAUGUUGAUUUCUAUGGUUAUUCUGCUUUCUGCUUUUUGGUAAUGGUGAUGGGUUUGGUAAUUUCCUGGAGCACAACACUAUUGAUGGUAGACGCGUAUUCGAUCUUUAUAAAAAAAGUACCGAAGCAACCGAGAUUCAUUUUUACGAUUACCGUGGGCGACAUGGUUUUGUCAUAUCUGUUAUUAGCUGCAGCAUGUUCAACUGCUAGUGUGACAGAUUUGUUGAUGAAAUCUGAUAAAUCGUAUUGUCCAGAAAAUUUAUGUAGCAGAUACCAAAUAUCUGCUGCUAUGGCCAUCUUGUCUUGGUUCCUUUCAUCAGCUUCUUGUCUAAUUAACUUUUGGGUUUUUCCUUCUUUGUGA